AUGUGGCAACUUUCGUGUUUACUGCUGCUGCUGCUACUUUGUGGCAACUUUGUGCAUGGCCAAAAUGUAAGUGAACUGUCCAAGACGCUCGAGGAAUCAGAACCACCCAUUGGCAGUGACAAAGAGCUUUCGGAUUUGGUCAUUACCACAGCGCUGGGAAAAAUACGUGGCACCAUUCUUCCCUCGCAAGCAGGACGUAACUUCUACGCCUUUCGUGGCAUUCCCUAUGCCAAGGCGCCGAUCGAUAAUCUCCGCUUUCAGCCGCCGCAGCCGAUUGAACAAUGGUUUGAUAUACUCGAUGCUACCUUUGAUGGACCCAAGUGCCCGCAGCCCGGACUCUAUAGCGACGAUGUCACUGAGGAUUGCCUGCGUCUCAACAUCUACACACGCGAGCUGCCCAGCGAGACGGCACCGAAUCCCAAGAAGCCCGUCAUAGUCUUCAUACAUCCCGGUAGCUUCUACUCCCUGUCUGGACAGAGCAAAAACUUUGCUGGCCCGCAGUAUUUUAUGGAUCGCAACCUGGUGCUAGUUAGCUUCAACUAUCGCUUGGGCUCGCUGGGAUUUCUGGCGACGGGCACAGCGCAGGCGCCUGGCAACAUGGGACUCAAGGAUCAGGUCAUGCUGCUGCGUUGGGUCAAGCUGCAUAUUUCACGCUUUGGUGGCGAUCCAAAUGCAAUUACUCUGCUGGGAUAUGGUGCGGGCGCCAUGGCGGUUACACUGCAUAUGGUUUCGCCCAUGUCGAAGGGUUUGUUUCAUCGCGCUAUUGUAAUGAGUGGCGCCGCCACAGGUCAGUGGACGCUGCCAACGCAUCAGAUGGAUCUGGUCAAGAAGCAGGCAACACUUUUGCAUUGCAACACUGAGCAGAUUAGCGAAAUGCUCGAUUGUCUACGAGGCAAACAUUAUUUGGAAUAUGCCAACAGCUUGAAUUCCAUGUUUGAGUUUGGUCGCAAUCCUUUAAUGCUUUGGAAACCUGUGCUGGAGCCGGACUUUGGUCAGGAGCGCUUUCUCAUUGAAGAUCCAGUGCGCAGUUACCAGAAUGGUGACUUUAUGAAAGUGCCCAUUAUAACAGGCAUGACCAAGGAUGAGUUUGUGGGACCAGCCAUAUCCAUACUACAAAGUCCUCGACUGCUCAGCGCUUUCAAUGAGAAUUUUGCUGCCCUCGCGCCCAUUUGUUUUCUGUAUGAAGGCAAUGCCCGUGCUCACAACAUUAGUCAGGAGCUGCGUCAAUAUUAUCUGGCGGAUGCGCCACUUAGUGUUAACGCUUCGCUGCCAGCUUUAGCUCGACUCUACUCGGACGCCUUGACCGGCUUUGGCAUACAUCGAUUUGUGCACUUGGCCGCUCGCUCCACCAAGGUGUACUACUAUCGAUUUGGAUAUCAGGGCGGACAUAGUCACAUACACUAUCCAGAGGAUGCGCCCUAUGGCGUGGUGCAUCACGAUGAUCUGUUGUAUCUGUUCAUGCAGCUCUCCAUUAAUCGCAUGUUCACCGAGGACGAUGAUGAAUUUCGCAUGGUUGACAUUAUGACGCGUAUGUUUUCCGCUUUUGCCUACAAGGGCGAUCCAAAUAAGCCCAGCGAUGAGCGCUUGCGCAACAUACGCUGGCGCCCCUUUAGCUUCAAGAAGCGCUAUUAUCUGGACAUUGGCGAUGAGCUCAGCAUGCUGGAGGGUCUCAAUGCCGAGCGCUAUGAGAUCUGGAAGCGUUUGUUUCCGCUCAAUUGGCGUCGCCAGACCAAGGAGCAGUAUACUAGUAUUUGA